AUGGAGGAUUUCCGCAUCUUGAAUUAUUUCAAGGUGAAACAUAGAUCUUGCAAGGUCUCUUCUCCAAUUGAAGUAAGGUGGGAUCCUCCUUUUCAAGAUGAGAUAAUGAUUUGCUGUGAUGGUGCGUCUCUUGGUAAUCCAGGCCCUGCAGGUGCUGGUGUUACUUUUUGGGAUGCAAAUGCAGCGGUGUUGGGGGCUUUGAGCGUUGGUCUUGGCAUGCAGACCAACUAUUUUGCUGAAGUGUGCGCAAUUAUUUAUGGGGCUAUGUUGGCUAAGAGGUGGAAUAUGCAGAAACUCUGCGUGCAGUCUGAUUCGAUGAGUUGCAUUCAGGCCUUCCAGAAUGAUGCUUUUCCAUGGCAACUAAGGCAGAAGUGGAGAUUAGCUAGGAAUUUUUAUUCCAGCAUUCGUUUUAUUCAUAAAUAUAGAGAAGUAAAUUUUUCAGCUGAUGCUUCGGCAAAGCAAGCUUGUUUGCUAGCUGAAGACAUUUUUGAGUUUUCUGAGGGGAGGCCAAUCUCUAUGCUUUCUGUAGAAUGGCCGGGUGAGGUUUAUUUCCGUUUUAAAUAG